UGGUGCGUAAACGUCACCAGCGGAGCCCAUCAGCAAUCCCAACCCGCAUCGGCCACCGCUCGGGUGCUGUGCCCAGGGAUUUCGUUUGUUUAGUUUUAAGGAAAUAUGUAACUGCGCUUCGCCAACGACAACGAUGGACCGGGAGCAAUUGCACCGCGAGCCCAAAUCUGGCAAGGCGAAGGACGGCCCGAUCCGCUGUAUACUGCUGAGCGAGUUCCACGUGGUGGCGGGGUCGAAAAUCAGCUGCCAGGUGCCGGAGAACUUCAUCACCAAGGAGGUGUUCGACUCGAUUCGCACGUACAUCAUACCGAAGCCGCAGCUGCAACGAUGCAUCCUUACCAUCAACACCCUCGGCCACAAGGUGAUCGGCUAUCCGGUGCGCAUCAAUCACGUGCGCUACCAGCGGAACUUUUUCUACUUCAACCUGUGCUUCGUGUUCGACUCGUGGUCCCGGACCGUCCAGUACGAGGCGGUGGUGAAGAAGCUCGCCGAGUAUCUGCUGAUGAUGGAGGAGGAGGGCUCGUUUCUGUCCAACGCGGAGAACAACGGCAACAUCUGCAACCUGCUGUCGUGCAUACUGCGCGACCUGAACCAGCGCCAGGUCGCGACGAUCGUGGAGGGCGACACCACGAUCUACCUCAAGAUCGGGCCGCUCAAGGCGGACCCGCCGGCCGUGCAGGACCACCAGGUGCCGCUGAUGUGCCGCGGGUUCGAGGACACGGAUCCGGACUCGUGGGACCUGACCACGCAGCAGGUGCUGCCGUUCAUUAACGGCAUCAAUCACGUGGCCCGCAUCGCGGCCGAGGCGGACGUCGAGAAUCAGCUGGUGAAGUCGUGCAUCCAGAACCUGGUGUACUACGGCGUGAUGCAGCUGCUGCCCCUGCUCAAGUACAGCAACGUGUACAUGUGUACGCGCGAGCUGCAGAAGCUGACGCGCGACCGGGCGCUGGCGGACGAGUGCCGCCGGUACGUGCAGCUGCAGCACGCGGAAAAGGUGGACACGGUGCGGCUGCCCAGCCUGUUCAGCAUACUGCAGCUGUACUCGCAGAUGACGCACGGCGUCACGCUGCGCUCGCUGUGCCAGCGGCUCUGCCCGCGCGACAACAACAUCGACGAGCGGAAGCUGGUGUCGUUCGGGCUGCAGCACAACCUAAUUCGCUGCAUCAACAAGUACCCGAUCUUUACCGGCUCGAUACCGACGCCCAAGCACAAGCUGUACACCGGGCUGAACAGCUUGGACGAGAUCUGCUGCAAGACGGGCCUGUCGCCGAGCCGGAUCGAGCAGGAGAUCGACAUGGACUCGAACGUGACCGUCAUUUGGAAGUAAGAACGCCCGCCCCCCCCCUGCGUGGCCUCAGGCUCCUUCGCCGAGCCGCUGCGAGGCACCGUGCUACUAGCGCGCAUCGCCCCGCUGUGUUCUGAAUGUGUUUAAUUGUGUGCUUUAUUUUUGUUUGUUUUGUUUUAUCUGUUACUCUGCAACUUUACACCCCUGUCUUUUUCCAGGUAUUUUUAAAUUGUUUAGUGUUAGGUUAGGUUAUCUACAAACAUGCCAGGCACUCCUAGGACCCAGAAAAAAGCUUCCGAAACAACCACCUGAAGCUGUGCAAGGUUCUGGUUCAGGUUCAAAAUCGGUACCUCCGUUUUAACUCGUCAGUGUGUCAGUGUGCGUGUGUGUGCGUAUGUGUGUGUGUAUAGCCAUUAUGUGUCUAGCCGCGACCAGCAAUCUAGCAGCCGAGCAAAGGGAAAAAUAUGUUCCAACGUUUACUAGACUGAAGUUUUACAACACACAAAACUGUCCGAUUCUGUUCUAUGCACACGUGUAACUCGUGUACGUCCUACGGUAGCGUGCGACCUAGCAGACGAGCGUGCAGCGCAGAACGGGCGUGAGAUUAGGUCGCCAGGCCGGCCCGUGCUGGGAUGUCUAUUGCAUCCUUCAAAAUAACAAUAAACCAUUGUUUCCAUAAUAGCAGCGUAGCUUUAGCACAUCUGUCUAUGAGGCCGGACAUCGGAAGCACACGUCCAUUGCUGCAAUUUUAACUGUCGGUAUUAUUUAGCGCAGACGUUGGUUUCUCCACUCAGUUAGGCACAAUGAUUGGGCAUGGUAUGUCGCCAGAAAAAAAGAGCACAGAACAUGCACAAAACUCAUCAUUAAAUGCAAUAGAACAUGGGGUACCUUUUAUGCUUUGAAUUAUUUACAAUUAAAGCUCGUUUUGCUGCGAUCGGUUAAUAGAUGAGAUUUUUUUGGGUUUGGUAAAUAUUGUGAGAAUCUUCAAUAUAUGUGCCAUCAGUUUUAGGAAAAUGCUGAAAAAAUAAUUUUAAUUGACGAAGGUCGUACUGUGAGCGCAUACCCACGCAGCAAUUGUAAGUAACGAUUAUAUUUUCUAAUUUCUAGGAACUCAUUUUAAGCGUAAAAUUAAGUUUUAACCUCAUAUAAAUUUAUAAUAAGUUUACCAAUUGCGCCGAAAGGUUCUAAAAUUGUGUAAAUAUACCGUGCUUAUACCUAUA